AUGGGUGGUCUAUUCCGAUGUUUUGUAGUGACUUUUGUAGUCUUUUAUAGUUCAAGCGUCGGCAUUUGCCGAGACUCGAUUUGGGCGUUGUCAACAACCCUCAACCCUAUUCCUUUCUUACUCCUCUCCCCCCACCAUCAUUCACGUCAAUCCACCCCCCCGCCACCACUAUCCACCAUCGUCACCCACCGCUAUCCACCGUCGUCACCCACCGCUAUCCACCGUCGUCACCCACCGCUAUCCACCGUCGUCACCCACCGCUAUCCACCUUCGUCACCCACCGCUCUCAACAACAACCACACGUCGCAACGCAGCAAGGACGACAUGACAGCGCCACGUCACACAACAACCGAGCGCCCACGCUCUGAACCACGCACCACCACCAUCUACCAAGAACAACACGAAAACGGCAUGGCGCUGGCUCGCAACGCCACGUCACCUGGUAAACGAGCACCCACGCAAUUCAACGACCACGCCGAUGCGCCCACGAACCAGGCGAAGCGAACGACGGUGAGAUGGGGCAAGCAGGUGAUGCAAACGACGACGACGACGACCUCGUCGUCGUCUAUUUUAUACCAAACAGCCCAAAUGCCACGUCGUCGUCAACGAUGUGGCAACCAGACAGUGAACCAUGAGCAACACCCUAGGUGCCACGCCGCCCGCAGCGACGUGGCAACCAAACGGCGAAUGAUGCCUGUCGUCAUUCGCCGUUGUUCUCCAUUUCAUUGA